CAGAUAAAAUGUCUCCAUGAUAAUUUUUCAUGCAUAUCAUACGAAAAUAAAGAAAAUAAUCAAUAAAUUUAUUUUAGAGAGUAUAUAGAGUGUCCGUUCAUAGAUGCCAAAUAUCUCACAACUGAUUAAAAUUACAAAAAAGUUAAAGACUUUUUCCCUAUUACUGCCACGUGCCAGGUUGAGGUUAUGUUUUUAAAACAAACCAUUUAUAUAUUAUAUCAGCUGUUAUUUCUGCGUGAGAUAAAUAUCAUUAACUGAAAAUUAUGGGUAAAAAAGUAAAGGAGGUAGCAAUUUAGGAAAAUCCUUGAUCAGAGAUCGUUUUGGAUCUAGAAAAAUCAAGAGAGGUGGCAAUGAAUCGUCUAUGCUCCACACCUCAGAGAUCAAUGAUGGUUAUGAUUGGGGUCGACUCAACUUGCAAUCGGUUACAGAGGAGAGCUCAUUUCAAGAUUUCUUGUCGACCGCUGAACUAGCAGGAACCGAAUUCAAUGCGGAGAAGUUAAAUGUUAAAUUCGUGCAUCCUCACAGUCAUGGCUUGCUCUCGAAAGAUGUAAUGAAAACAGUACUAAAAAAGCAAGAAGAAAAUAAAGAUUCCAUCAAGAUACCAAGAAGGCCGAAAUGGGACAGUUCUAUAAGCACCCACGAAUUACAGACACGCGAAAAAGAGGCGUUCCUGGAGUGGCGACGUCAUUUAGCUAUGUUGCAAGAAGAGGAAGGUUUAAUGUUGACACCUUACGAGAAAAAUUUAGAAUUUUGGCGUCAAUUGUGGCGGGUAGUAGAACGCAGCGAUGUGGUUGUACAAAUUGUAGACGCGCGUAAUCCGCUUCUUUUUCGCUGUGAGGACUUGGAGCGUUACGUUAAGGAGAUUGAUCCUAACAAAUUAAAUAUGAUUCUCCUUAAUAAAGCAGAUUUCUUAACAGAUGUGCAAAGACAGGCAUGGGCAAAAUAUUUUACAGACCUAAAUAUACGGGUAGCAUUCUUUUCCGCUACAUUAGCAGCGGAGAGACAGGUGAUUCAAGAAGAGGACGAAGAUGAAGCGAGAUCGACUGAUAAGGAUGACCACAAACAUUCAGGUAACGAGAAUAAGAACAGUGGAGAUGAAUUGGCGAAGUCGGAAUUCUCGUCGGAAUCAGAGUACGAAAGCGCGGAGCAUGGCGACGUUGGCAAGUCCACUGUAUCUGAUGAAAUAGAAGCCGAUAAUAGCGAGCAACAAAUGGAAGCUCAGCAACGUAGCGAAUUGGAGAAUUUAAAAAUUUUCGCGACAGGUUCCGAAAUGAAGAAAAUAAUCAAUUCGCCAAAAUUAUUAAACAGAGACGAUCUUAUAAAAUUAUUUAAAACAAUUUACAACGAUAAUAAAACGUAUACGACCGGAGUGACAACAAUCGGCUUGGUCGGGUAUCCAAACGUCGGCAAGAGUUCCACCAUCAAUGCCCUGCUCAUGGAUAAAAAAGUCUCUGUAUCGGCCACGCCGGGCAAGACCAAGCAUUUUCAAACAUUGUAUUUGGACAAGGAUUUGUUGUUGUGCGAUUGUCCGGGCUUGGUGAUGCCGAGUUUUGUUUGCACGAAAGCAGAUAUGAUACUAAACGGUAUACUGCCGAUCGAUCAGAUGCGAGAUCAUGUACCGGCGAUUACGUUACUGGCCACGUUGGUACCCAAGCACGUUCUGGAGGAUCUGUAUGGCUUCAUGUUGUCUGUUCCAACAGAAGGAGAGGAUCGCGCACCGACUGCGGAGGAGCUUUUAAACGCACACGGUUACAACAGAGGUUUCAUGACGCAGAACGGUCAACCAGAUAAUCCACGCUCAGCGAGAUACCUUUUGAAGGAUUUCGUUAACGGCAAAUUGUUGUAUUGUGUCGCACCGCCGACAUUCGAACAGGAGUGUUUUCACGCAUUCCCGCCACGACGCCGGAAUUUGUCCGCCAACAGGCAUAUACCGUCCCGAACAGCUCGCGUAAAUCAAGGAUGUGGAGUAACGGUCAAUAACUUGGACCGAAAGUUUUUCCGAAAGGACGCACAUGUGAAGGGACGCCGUGGACCUGUACUACAACACUCUAUAACGCACACGACAGCCCGUAAGGACAAUGGUAUGGUCGCACAAUGAGAGCUGGAUGGUAACAGGGGAUCAUGCAGGCUACGUGAAAUAUUGGCAGAGUAACAUGAACAACGUCAAGAUGUUUCAAGCGCACAAAGAAGCGAUUAGAGUCUCAUAUACCAUCCACCACACUAGUCCUUACGUCUCUCAUAAAUUGGUACGUCACGUGAACUGUAUUCACCGUACUUAGACAUCAAUGGUGAUUUAUUGUCAGUGUAUAAAAUUUAUGUCGCGUCGAAAGCCAUCGUUCGGAUAAUAAUCGCGAAUUCUUGUAUUCGCAUGUGUGAAAAAACUAUAUAUAUAAAUAUGGAUUAUAUAUAUAUACAUGUAUAUUUUUACGAUUCGCCCAGAAAAAGCGUGAUAACGAUCAGACGACCUACGCUGGGCCGAUUGCACUCAAUACGAUUUGUUGAAGUGAAUCUCCUUCCCCCUCGGGAAAGAGAUAAACGAAUUGCCAGUUUCGAUUUUAAUUAUUCCGGAUUUAGUCGAUCCGGAUUGACUGUGCGGUGCGAAUCUGCCAUGUAUGAACAGCCUUCUUCGAAAUAGACGAAAAAUUGUAAUAUAAUAUGCAUUAGAGGGAUCGAAUGGAACACACGAAUAGAUUAUUCCGAUAGAAACUGUUCACAAGCUGCCUUGCGAGGGAAAUUUCUGUUCCGCGUUUGUGCAACUCUGAAAAAAUGCAUGCCAAUCGCGUGAUCCCGGUAGAAGUACGAAUGAAUACGAUUCCGCGUCCUUUUGUUUGUCCGAGGAAUGUGAGAGAAAGAGAGAGAAAGAGAGAGAGAGAGAAAGAGAGAAUGUCGGAACAGUCUAUCUAUUAUUAAUAAAAAGAAAUAACAUACAACA